AUGGAAAGUGGUUGUUUUGAUAUGCUCUGUGAGCAGGAGCAAGCUUUACAAGAAAACCAUAGACGCUUGGACGCAGUUGUUAAAGUGUUAAGUGAGCUAGCGGAGCCGGCCAAAACAGAGCCUGAACAAAUACGGCUAUUGCAAUCACUGUCCGAAGAGUAUGAAGAGCUAGUUGGAAGCUCGAUUGAUUUGAGGUACGUCAAAUAUCAGACCCGAGAGUCUCAAAUUGCUGCAUCAAAUAAAACAAGACGUAAUGCCGACUAUACCAAGUUACAGAAUAUAGAGGGAUUGGCAGAGUUUGUUACUUUGUAUGAGAUGGUCAGUAUGGACUAUUUGAGAUAUGUGAAUUUGUUGGAGAGGCUUUCUGUUGAUUUGGUAAAGGAGAUCGAGAUUGCAGAUCCAACAGUGACAGAAUUUGUAGUGAAUAAGUGGAACCCUCCCAAGGGCAUAUUCGAAAUAUUAGAUGAAUUGGCUGAUCCGGCCACCGACGUGGUCGCUGUACGAUCACGUUUGAAUGGAUACUUGGAUCGAAUUAAGAUGGAGCGGGCCAAGUAUACCAUUGAAAACAAGCAUUCUUUACAGGGUACUCUAAGGGACCUCAACAAAGAAGUUAGCAACUGGAGAAAGGAGUGGGAUUCCAUUGAGAACGUAAUGUUUGGUGAUGGUUCACACUCUAUGAAGAAAAUGCUACAAAACAUUGAUUCUCUUAAAUCGAAAUUAGAUAUCGAGAAAUCGGCGCAAGACACAGAAGUUGAAAUGGAAAGGAGUGCUUUUUAA